AUGACAUUUACGCUUUUGGGUCUGGCAGUGUUAUUUGUAGAUCUCUGCACGGGCGCNGACCUGGAUGUGGCAGAGGAUCCUCCGUGGAAUGGCAAGGUGUUUGCAACGGUGGUCAAUGAGAUGAACCCCAAUUUGGACUGGUGUGAAGUUAUUGAUCGGCUAGAUGAUGUGCAAAUGUUGGUGACUCGACGUCAAUCACUUAUUACAUUGAUCGAUGCAUUAAAGACUGGACUACGGGAUAAACCAUUUCCUAUCAAUAAAUUGUAUACAAAAUGGCGGUGCAGGGAAGCUCAGUUAUCACUAAUCUCGUCAAUGAUUGAAAAUCCAGAUGUGUUUUGUAUAGCCGAUUAUCCUCAUCGAGCCGUCCCCAUCAGUGUAUUGAAGAAUACACCUGAUGACAGUGAUCGGUUGCUAGCUCCAUGGUGUUGUGUGGAGUUGACGGAGUUACUGUUGGCGAUGGCUGGUGAACAAAAUGUACAAACUACGGCCAUUCGAUUGUUACAUGGUGCUCUAGAAAAGUGGCCGGAUGUGGUGUUGUUGGCUUUGUUCCAGGUUCCGCCACCGAUGACAGAAUUGCGGCAGAAAUUCAUCGAAAUGGUGCUUCCAGUGUUUAUCAUUCAUCAUACCAAUGCCGUAUCGGUGCUCAACGCAAUAUGGAACAGUGAGGUUCUGCCUCGCGCGACAGUCCACAACAUGAUUAUCAACGCGUUCUUGACAUUUCACUCCAAAGCGCCUGACGAUCAGCAAAGACUGGCUAGAAUUCUGGAUAUUGCAAAUGAGCUGAAACCGGGUGGCCUUGCUGAGUUGUUCAGUUGUCCUCAUGUGCCCUUUAUUGUCGAAAUGGGUCUCUUAGCAUCAAAACGGGAUUAUUUGAAACUGGAUAAAUGGUUGGAAGACAAGUUUGCAGAAUUAGGAGAUCCUCUUGUCGACAAUGUCUUAGCACAGCUACAACGACGGCUUUUCGUGCCAGCGACAAGCCAAUCGCUAUCUCCAGAAACGUUUUCGAUUAUGAUGACAUUUCUACGAAAUCAUUCCACGAAAUUGUCACCAUUGGCGAAGCAGAAGUUCAUUGUACUGACGGAAAAGCUGAAAGAGAUCCAACAGCAACAGGUGGGUUCGGUCAGGUUCUGA